AUGUUGUUACUCUUCUUCCGAAUUUUUUUGUGUUUCCUUCUAGCUGCGGGGAAGCCGACAACAAAACGUGCUCCUAGCACGUGCCAGAAAUAGACAGCAAUUUUUGCUUGCGUCGAACGCUAUGCGGGGGGUGCAACGACAUUUAAACUGUGCGGAUGCACGCCCUUACUCUCAGUCCUUUUAAAAGUCUCAACGAUUAUGGUCGUACUCGGUGCUUUCUUAAAAUUCUUUGUAAAAAAUUAGUAAAAGUUCAGAAUACAUCUCAAUUGUUUUGCACAUCUACAUUGUACAAAAAUUAUUGUGAAAACAAAUUUAAUUGAGAAGAAAGCAGUUUGACGAGCGUCGCAACUCGAGAUAUAAUUACGUGCAGUAAAUUCAUUAUCUGCGACAAAAAUGGGUGUGAACAAUGCAGGACCGAUAAUACGGAUGUCUUCUUCUGGAACACACGGCGCAGGCGGUGUUGGUUGCUGCUGUUUCAGAUGCUGCACGUGUAUACACGUGGAAUUCUUUAAAUCACUGCCAGGAAUCAUAAAAAUUUGUGAAACAGUGAUCAGUGGAUUAAUACAAAGCUUGCUCAUCAAUUAUGGCCUAAGAUAUAGUUCGUCUAUUGGCUCGGCUUUUGAGGGAUCAUUGACCACUUCGUCUGCGUGUUUCCUGACUUCCGCUUUGUUACUUGCUUGUUAUACGGUUUCUGAGAAAUCGUACAGAUUGAUUCGCUCAUCUCUUUUUGAGAUGAUGUUCAACUGUCUCGCCUGCUUCUUGUAUUUAAGUUCAGCAUCCUGCUUGGCUUUAGCUACAAAACUGUUCUUAAUGACUGAAUAUUAUUUAAGACCUGGCUUUGACGUUUAUCCUGCCAUGACAGCCGCUUAUAUAUUAAGCGGCGUUGUGGGAAUUUUGCAUGGUGCGGAUGCAUAUUUGUCCUAUGUGCAUUACAAAACCGGGAGAUGAAUCAUUGUAAUAUAGGAUUGCUAGUUGUAUAACAUUUGCGACGAGUAGGCAAUUAUAUAAAUGUCUAUUCAUGAAAACAAUAGACAUUCUGGUCCGACGAGUAUGAGUCUUUUCGAAAGAACAGAGAACAAAACAAUUGAGUUUUAAAAUUUGUAUUUCUUUUUAUGAUGCCAUUGCAUUGUUAUUACUGUGAAGAAAUGCAUUUAGCUUAAAUUAAUUUUAUAAACAUAAUGUCAAUAAUAUACGAUAAUUGAGAAAGAUUUUUUAAAUAUAUUAAUUCGAGAAUAAAUUAUUCAAAAAAAGUCACACACAACUAAUGACGUUGCUAAAAAACUAUAUUUAUGAUGUAAACAUGAAUAUAAAAACAUGAUCAACGAAUGUUUCAUUGUUUGUAUCAAGUUUUUCAAAUAAAGUCAGUUUAGUCUAUCAAAUAUGAUAAGCAGAUGUAGAGAGUUUUAGUUUGUAAUUGAAGCGCGUGGCAUCUGUUUUGUUUAUCAAUCUAAAUCAUACGUGAGACGUGCUUAUUAAAUCAACUUUUCGUUAGACUUUCGUGCGUCAUAGAAGUGGACAAUGUUUGAAAAAUUGAUGAUUCAUGUGGACUUAUCAAGUUUCAUUACGUUAAUAUGCAUACGUGAUGCGAAAUAAACAUGAAACAUUAAAGAAAUACAAUGAAAGCACUUAAUUAAUACUUUGACGCAAUGAUUCCAAUUAAAUAAUCAUAAACUCUAAAUGCAACUUAUCGUUAUC